GCCUGACACUUGUCCACAGGAGACGCCACGGUGAAGGAUCGGUCGUAUUCUGAAACAGUAUUGCGCCAUCCCUCCACAACAUUCAGAAGGCUGUAUUCGAAGUGAUACGAGUGUUUUUCUUACGGUUCUAGUAACUGAUUAACAAGAUUUCUUCAUUUUUAACAGGAGGGAAAGUCUCGAGAACACAGUUUAUAAUCUCUGUGGCUUUUGAAAACAAUCGUGGUGAAAGAGCAAAGCGGACCACAGUUGCGAGAGUUACUUUAGAGAGAGAGAGAGAGAGAGAGAGAGAGAGAGAGAGAGAGAGAGAGAGAGAGAGAGAGAGAGAGAGAGAGAGAGAGAGACGUCCUUCCUCCGUUAAUCUUAUCUGAUAGAGCAUCUGUUUGAAGAGGGAAGCGGUGAUGCCCAUAUGACGAACGUUGCGGCAGUCUAAAGGAGGUCAAGACAGCUCCCGACCGCGUCCCAGGAGAAGAGGAACUCACAAAGGCCUGCAAAGGCGCUUUCACAAUCGAGCACCCGAAGUCACAAGUAGUAUGCAAAGUUUCCGAUGUGUGUAGAGUCUUCGCUAUCCGUUUGUCAUCUAAAGUACUAGUGAAGUUAAUUUAAGCGUCAUGACAGCCCAGAGUCAUGAUCCCGAGGCCGCGACUGAAGCAGGGGACGCGGAGGCGAAGGAGACAGCGACGAUGAUGAAGCAAGAGAAGAGCCGAGAUGACAGAGAAAACGGGGAUGCGAGUAAAAUGUCUGGACGGGUCGGGAAUGCCUCGGAGGGCUUCCGACACGUGCUGCAGCAGGUGGGCGACUACGGCAGGUGGCAAAUAAAGGUGUUUCUCGUGGCCUCCUUCUGCGGGAUGUUUACGGCCUUCCAUAACCUGAGUGCCGCCUUCAUCGCAGCCACUCCCGAACACUGGUGUCACGUGGCCCCCCUUGACGACAUCACCGACUCCUCCUCCUCUUCCUAUGAUCUGCGCAACGGCUCCGUGCCCUGGAUCGUGGAGUGGGAUGGCAAGGGCGGAUACUCCUCCUGCAGUUACUACGACAGGAACUGGACGGGGCUGGUGGCGGGCGGGCUGCAGGAGGAGGACUUGCCGUUGCUACCCACCGCCGGCGUGCCCACCACUGACUGCAAGGACUGGAUGUACGACCACUCUGUUUACGAGACGACCGCUGUGGAGGAAUGGGGGCUGGUGUGCAGUAACAAGUACCGCAUGUCGCUGAUCCAGUCCACAUACAUGGCCGGGGUGUUGGCAGGGGCUGUGGUGCUAAGUGAACUGGCUGACAAGUUUGGGCGCCGCACCAUCUCCCUCAUCUCAGCACUGGGCUUUGUGGUGUCUGCCAUCAGCAUCGCCUUCACCACCCAUUACUCCCUCUUCCUCACCUUCAGGUUCCUCGUUGCUGCCUUCGGGUCUGGGCUCUUCCUCCCUAACUUUGUGAUUGUGAUGGAGACGGUGGGGCCAGAGGGACGCACCACCAUGGGCAUGCUGUACCAGUGCUUCUUUGCUGUUGGCUUCAUGCUGCUGCCAGGCAUUGCCUACUUUGUCAACAAUUGGAGGAACCUUCAGCUCUGCAUAUCCAUCCCCAGCAUCCUCUUGCUGCUCUACUAUUGGGUGCUGCCAGAGUCCCCACGAUGGCUGAUGAUGCAGGGGAGGUUUGAGGAAGCUGUCAAGAUUCUCAAGAACAUUGCCAAGACUAAUAGAUCCUCAAUGCCACCAAGGGAGGAGCUGGAUGCCCUUCGUGAAAGCUUUGAGUUUGAGCGCAAAAAAAGUGAGGAGAUAGAGGAGAGCUUGUUAAAGAAAUUCAUUAACUUCUUCAGGAGCAUAAUCACCCUUCUAAGCACCCGGAACAUAAGGCGCCGCUGUUUGAUCAUCUUCUUUGCCUGGUUCGUGGUGAGCAUGGUGUACUACGGCCUCACCUUCAGCGGCGGCAACAUCAAUGCCUCGCCCUACCUCCUCGUCUUCCUCUCCGGCCUGGUGGAGAUCCCCUCGUACUUCCUUGUCUGCUGGACUCUCAAGAAGUUCGGGAGACGAUUGAAUCUCUGUGUGCUGUUCACCAUCUGUGGUACUGCUUGCCUCCUCAUCCUUGCUGUGCCUAAGGAAAUGGUGUGGUUGAACAUGACGCUGGCCACAGUGGGGAAGUUCUUCAACUCAGCAGCCUUUGCUGUGUCGUACAUCUACUCCGCCGAGCUUGUGCCAACAGGAGUGAGGAACAUUGCAGUGGGCACGUCCUCCAUGUGUGCCCGAAUAGGUUCUGCCAUAGCCCCCUUCAUUGUCGAUCUCCUGGGAGACCUCCACUAUGCCGUGCCCUCCACUGUGUUUGGCCUGCUCUCUGUGGCUGCUGGCCUGCUGGCUCUGCUGCUCCCAGAGACAGACAAGAUGCACCUCCCAGAGACAGUGGAAGAAGUGGAGGCCCUGCCGAGAUAGUUUGGCUGGGUGGUGGUGGAAUAAUUUUCAUCCCCCUUCACCACACUACACCUGCUGUUACUUCCUCACCAUGCACACACCUGCCCAGGAAGCUGUGUCUAACUCACUGUCCUGUUUCUUUGUAGCAUGGGACAAAGCACAAUGUACACAAGUGUGUUGUGCUUGCCUGAAGACUGUUUUGUAAGGACAAAGGCAAUUUUUUUAGGUUCUCAUUAGAGUUUUUCCCACUGAUGAUGCAGAGGUGUAUAAACUAUUAUUACUAGAACCAUGAAAUUCCCUUGAAAAGAAAACUCCUGCUGCAGUCUAUUAAAAGUACUCCAGAUAAGAUCCACAAGCAUUUGAGGACACAAUUCAUGUUGGUCUGUUUGUAGGAAUGUUUGUCUCAGCUAGUGGUACUUUUAUUUCACAUAAGCCUGUUUUCUCCAGUGGAUGCCGACCAGAUGGCAGUGUUCCAUAAUUCACAACACAGAACAUUUUUGUAAUAACAAUUAUCAAGUUUGUGAGAACUGAAAAUUUCUUGUACAUUAAAGGCAUCUUAAAUUGCUUCUUACUUUUUAGACAAGAAUUCUCUAAUCUUUCUUCAGCCGACUGAUGGUCUUGACACAUCCUUAUAUAUAGACACCUAUUGGGGAAAAAGGCUGCUUAUGUGAAGAAUGUAUUCAUACCUAACUGUGCUGUUAAUCAGAAUUGUUACAACAACCACUAGUUAUAAUGAUGCAUUUCAUUUCACAUUACUUGUGUUCGAUGUUGAAAUCGACACUGAAAUUUUGUGAGAAAUGAGAAAAUGAGUUGUAUUUUGUGACAACUGAUAAGAUCAUUAGUAAGUGUGAAUCUGUAUUACAGUGAAUGUGGUGUUGAAACAGUUGGCCACAGAUAAAUGACUGAUUUCAUAAGGGUAGUGUUUGUCUAAUCAAGAAUGCAUACAGGUACAAGUACUGUAUAGCAUCUCUGACAAUGAUUUCAUAAGGGUAGUGUUUGUCUAAUCAAGAAUGCAUACAGGUACAAGUACUGUAUAGCAUCUCUGACAAAAGGAAAAAUUGUAUGCUGAAUUCAGAAAGAAAUUUUAAGCUUUACCUCAAGAUAUCACAAAGCAUACUUGGACUUGAAAUACAAUUACAUUGUAACAGACUGGAAUGGUGUGAAAAAUUAUCCAAGACAACACCAGCCUAGGUAUUGCAGUGGCAGGGCAGACACAGCUCACCAGAAUCUGCUAAGUCUUGAUAAUCUUGGACCAAUUGGUAACAUGUCAAACUUUUAUGUUUAGUGUGAGUGAGAGGCCAGAAGUCUGAUCCCCAGCCAUUCCCUCUCAUGGCUGUCCUCCAGAUCGAUUCUUCAGCAUUUAUAAUUAUCAACCAUGAACACAUUUAUGACUAUUCUCAGAUGUUUUAGUGUCUUCUUACUACUGACAGGUUGAAAGCUACUAGAGUUUUCAAGGGCAUUUGCAUGAUUCUAGUGAUAACAGAUUCUACAUUGUCAAUUGGAAAAAGAAACAACCCUACUAGUAAUCUCUGUGGCCUUUGCAAAGAUGAUGAGAGAGCAAAGAGCUAAGAAUACAAGCUUCAGUACAAACUGUGAACAACAAUAACAUCCCCUAUCUGGCUGAGGUACCUGGACAGGGAUGCACGGUGAGGGUAACACAGUGCAAAGGGACUUGUAUCCUUAUCAUUGGCAAGCAAUAAUGAAGAAAUGUUACAUCUACUGUGCUCUUAAGGUAGUGAAGAAACCAGGAAAAGGUAUCAAAAAUAACUUCAACUAAAACUAUCAUUUCCAUUACACUAAUGUGCUCUUAAGAUAGUGGGAAAGUGAAAGAGGUUCUAUCAGAUACUCCCACUAUAAAUACCACAACCACCAUCACCACAGCUGUGUUGCAUCUACCUCUGCACUGCCACCACCAUAUCAAGUCCAAACCAGACCCUCCCAACAACAAGGUGCCAAGACUUCUUGCUUUCAAAGCUGCCAGUGAGCUUAGAAACAUUGGUCUAUUCCUCAGUGUACCUGAAAGAAAAUAGAGAAAGUUUGUAAUAAUAAUAUAGUAAUAAUAAUAGUCACUAGAGAAAUAUGGCAGUGAUGGAUGAUAAAACAUGAAAUAAGAAACAAAACUGCAGCAUACUAAAGUAAACCGGUGAGGAAAUGUGGUAAAAUGCUGAGAGAUAAUACACUGAAGAAAAAGAAAUAAAUAUGGUAAAUUGAUGGAAAAAAAGUCUAACAUACUAAGAGAGACAGGUAGACAAACAGAUGAAUUAUAAAUAAAGAGAAACAUGGUAAAAUUAUGGGAGAUGAUGCACAAAAGAAAUAGAAAAUGUACAGAAGAUUAAGGCAAAGUGGUGAAAAAAAAAUGUUACCUACAUUAUUAAAACAAUGCAUGACAGAAGAGAAAGGAAGGAAUAUAACCAAAUUCUUAUCUGCAGCAAAACAUCAUGUGUUUUGUUGAGAUUUGCCAGAAGUUUAAAAGAUUAAGAAUUACAACAUUGAUUUAAAGAAAUAUGAAAAAGGUAAGAAAAUUGUGGGUGAAUUCAUUCAGACUUACAAAAAAGGAAGAAAAGGUAAUGGUUCUCUUACUUCAAACAAAGAAAAUAGGAAAAAAUAUUGAUCCCUGCACAACAAUAUCCUCAGGUAAAAAGGAGAAACACAAGACAGGCAAGCAGAGGCAAGGAAUGAACAGAGAAGUGAAGACACUGAAAUAUACAGCCCCCUGGAGCAACAAUUUUAUUAUACCUGUGUUUUGUGAUGUUUUGUUUCAUACGACUGAAAUAAAUUAAGAUUUGUAAUUUUA